GUUCACUCCACGGCGGAAUCCCUCUCGGCUCCCCUCCGCGGACGCUCGAGUCGGUCGAGCAUUUGGCACACCAGCGAAUUUCUCGACCCCACCACGCUAGCACAACAGCUAGCCACGAUCCCUUUCCCUACCAGCACUCCAGCUCGUCGGAAAAUGGCAACCGUGAAAAACCCUCACACCAGAGGAGACUACCGUCUUUGUGGUUGCGGGAACAAAAUUUCGGGGAAGGACACCCACCCGGUGUGCAGUACCUGUCUGGGGGUCGACCACGCCAGGUCAGCCCUCGAAGUUCCCGGGUCCUGUGGGCACUGCAAAGUGUUCACGGUCAAGAGCCUCAGACGAAGACUAGCCCGCCAGGUUAGCAUCUCGGACCGUGACCCAUUCCUCCCCACCGCCGCCCACGAGGCAGCCGCGGAGGAGGACGAGGACAUGGCUGGGGAAGCCCCGGAGACUGGCUACGACUGGAGUGCCCAGUGCGAGCAGCUCCGUGCACCCCCCUUUCCCGAGGAAGACGUGCUGGAUGUUAGCCCCAUGGAGGAGGAUGACGACGCCUCGUUCCUCAUAUCAGAGGACGAGGAAGAGGAUGACAUCUUCAUGGCGCCAGUCCAGACUGAAAAGCCGAAGCUGCCGAGCCCUUCCACCAGGGAAGACAGGGGAGCGAGCUCACCAGCUCCCUCCCUCCAUGUGGACCUGCUCGACGUGUGCAAACGCGCGGCAGAGAAACUGGAGAUCCCCUGGCCGAUUGCAAUAGCGGAGCCCACCCGGUCCCGCUAUGAAGGCAAACGGCUUCCCUUGGCGCGAAACGCGAUGAAGCAGCUUCUUCCUGUCUUCCCCGAGUUGCUGACUGAGCUCUCCAAAACAUGGACUAGCUGCCCGUACAGCAACAGGAGCCCCAUUGCGGGCGCGGCAUCCCUCGAUUGCGAGGCGAUGGACGCCCAUGGCUUCUUCUCCAUGCCUCCGGUGGAAGUCCCGGUAGCUGCGCAUCUCUGCCCAGGCAGCGCGAGCCAGCUGUCCGCAGCUUCCACCAGGCGCCCGACGCUGCCAGCUAAGCCCGAUCGUUUUCAGUCUGCGCUGACCGAAAGGGCGUACAAAGCAGCUGCCCUCUCGGCCAGAGCCCUCAACGCCCUCUCCAUCCUCACCGCCUACCAAGCGGAGUUGUUUGGCGCGUCCGCUGAGGAGCAAGACCCGGAUGCGUGGGAGGAAAUGGCGGUCAUCGCCGAUUUGUCUCUCCGCAUCCAACGUGUCUCGGUCCAGGCCACGGGAAAAGUGAUGGCAACCCUCGUCGUCCAGGAGCGAGCGAGAUGGCUCAGUCUCGCUAACCUGACCGACAGGGAGCGGGAUGACAUCCUGGAUAUGCCAAUCGUCCCUGAAGGCAUCUUCCGCUCCGCAUUGGCCACAAUGCAGCAGAGAUGCGAGGCAAAAAAGAAGGACAACGAGGCCCUCAAGCUUUGUCUCCCUCGGAAAGCCCCAGCGCCUUCACCUCCGGUGCAGCGCAAAACCUUUGGGCAAGCUGCCUCCCAGCCGCCGCGUUUUAAAAUACCGAGACGGCCACCACCACCUGGCCAGCCCCUCCCGAUGAGGAAGGAGCGCGGAGCCGGCUGGCAUGGGAAACCCGCCUCCCCGACCGCUGCGCCGCCGCUGCCCACAGCCGCCGCGACCUCGGUCCCCCGGGCGAUGAAGAAAAAGAGAGCGGCCUGACAGCCGCCCGUUCCUCAGUCGGUGCAGCCUGCAGUUCCCCGUUGCGCAGGCCCACCGUUUUGGCUUGUUCGUGCGCGCCCCGUGCCACCGCUGCCCGUUCCAGAGCCGGUCCGCGAGGAGAGGGACAUCGCCUCGGAGAGUUGCGCUGUUGCGCCCCGAGCAGAAUGUCCACAAGCACACACAUACACACACGUUCGAAGGUUGAACGGUGUGAAAAUAAAAACAAUAAAUCUGUCACAUCCAGGCCA